GGAGAAGCCUAAGGGCUCUUGUGAGUGAAGAAGCUUUCCUCCUCCUCUGACGUCUGUAUUCUGGAUGUUUCCUUGAAGCAGAACUGGUCUAUACUGAGCCAGCAGGGAGGCGGCCGGCCAUGCGCACCUGCUCAGAAGACCCCCACCUGUGCGGGGCCUCCUGGCUCCUGCGACUCACCAGCCUCCUCCUCAGUGUCUGCAGUGCUGUGACCCAGAGUCCUGGAGCCCGUGGGUCUGUAGUGGACGAUUCUGGAAACCCUGUUCCUCUGAAGGGGACUCUGGGAGCUUCUGUGCUGUUUCACAUGAUCAAAAAUCCAGAAUUACUUCCAGGAGCCAAGCUGGAGAGUAUUACUUGGGGUGUUAUAAAUCAAAAAGUGUACACACCCGUACUCCAAGUUAGUCCUGGGGGAGAUGGUCCACAAUGGCUCAACUUCCAGGACCAGUACGAGAAGAGGGUCCAUGUGGUUGACAUAACGACCCUGAGGAUUGACAACCUGACCCUUGAGGACAGUGGGCUGUACCGGGUUCAAGAGUCCUAUACGAGAGGAAGACAGUAUGACCAGGAUUUCCACCUGACGGUCUACGAGCCUGUGCCCUGUCCCCAGAUCCAGGCCAUGGAUCUGUCCCUCACACCAGGCGGGUGCAACCUCACCUUGGAGUGUGACCUCCCGAGAACCAGGCAGAAUUUGACCGUGUCCUGGGAGAGCGAGUGUCUCCCCAGGGAGCUGGAGCAGAGACCGGCCCCAGGACCAGCCCCCAACCCCUGGACACUGGCUGUGAACCUGCCCCUGAGCCGGCCCAGCCCCAGCCUCACCUGUGUGGUCAGCAACCAGGUGGACCAGAAAAAUGUCACCCUGGACCUUGGGGACGUCUGUGGCCAUGAUCCACAAGGACAGACCAGUGCUGCCCACUUGCCCAGUAUCCUCGUGUCUGUUGUGGUCGUGCUGCUGAUCCUCGGAGCUGGAGCUGGGCUGUCCCUUUGGAAGAGACGUGGGGUGAAGAAGCACGUGGAGCCUGGGACAGAGGCAGGAUCUCAGGAGGAGCCCAGGGACCCGGAUGGUGGCAUCCACUAUGCAGAGCUGAGCCAGCAGGGGUCCAGAGGCCACAGGGACAAGAUUCUGCUCUCUGGUAUUUCCUCUGCAACCUCACAGGCCCAGGCAGAGUCAGCAGGGAGGCGGCCGGCCAUGGGCGCCUGCUCAGAAGACCCCCACCUGUGCGGGGCCUCCUGGCUCCUGCGACUCACCAGCCUCCUCCUCAGUGUCUGCAGCGCUGUGACCCAGAGUCCUGGAGCCCGUGGGUCUGCCGUGGACGAUUCUGGAAACCCUGUUCCUCUGAAGGGGACUCUGGGAGCUUCUGUGUUGUUUCACAUGAUCAAAAAUCCAGAAUUACCUCCAGAAGCUAAGCCGGAGAGUAUUACUUGGGGUGUUAUAAAUCAAAAAAUGUACACACCCGUACUCCAAGUCAUUCCCAGGGGAGAUGUUCCACGAUGGCUCAACUGCCAGGACAAGUUCGAGAAGAGGGUCCAUGUGCUCAACAAAACGACCCUGAGGAUGGACAACCUGACCCUUGAGGACAGUGGGCUGUACCGGGCUCAAGAGUCCUAUUCGAGAGGAAGACAGUAUGACCAGGAUUUCCACCUGACGGUCUACGAGGCUGUGCCCCGUCCCCAGAUCUGGGCCACAGUUCUGUCCCUCACACCAGGCUGGUGCAACAUCACCAUGGAGUGUAACACCACGGAAACCAGGAAGAGCCUGACGGUGACCUGGGAGAAUGAGAGCCUCCCCAGGGAGCUGGAGCAGAGACCGGCCCCAGGACCAGCCCCCAACCCCUGGACACUGGCUGUGAACCUGCCCCUGAGCCGGCCCAGCCCCAGCCUCACCUGUGUGGUCAGCAACCAGGCGGACCAGAGAACUGCCACCCUGGACCUUGGGGACGUCUGUGGCCGCGGAACAUCCAACCUGCAUCUGCCCUUCGGUGUCAUUCCCAUGCUGCUCAUCUGAGGUGUCUGCAGGAUUCAGGGCUCCGGGCUCCUCUGCCGGAUUCUGGUCUCACAGACACACGUCACACCCACCCUCUUGCCUGCGUUCCCGAUGUGUCCCGCUCUCCUCGGCUGCCAGCCUCCGCUCAGGCCCCUCCCUCUGCCCUCAGCCCUUCCAAGACAGGAGUCCCCCACUCCCCACUUACUCCCAUCCAGGGACCCCCUCCCUGCAGCUGGCUCUGGGGGCCUGUGACCCGGGCAGUCCCACAGGGCCGCGUGCUGGGGGCAGUCCCAGCAUGAACAGAGUUUGCACAGGGCUCCGCAGCCUCGAUGGCUCAGGGCCCUGCAGGAGCUGCUGCUGUCCUGCCCUCACACCUCGUCUCCUCUAAGGAGUGGUCAGUGGCCCCACCCUGGGAGCUGAUGCUCUGGCCCAGGAUUAGUGUCCUGUGCAGGCUGAACCCCUGGAGGGCAGUGGCCAUGUCUGCUGCUCCUUGGAAUGCCUGUCCCGGCCUCGGCCUCGGGCCCUUUGCUCACAGUCAGCGUGUCCCUGAGUGAAUGAAUGAAUGAAUGAAUGAAUGAAUGACCUGGUUCCCCGUGAGCCCCCUCGCUCCAUCCCCUCCUCCACCAGCUGCUGGGGGACCUUCUGCCUCAGUAUCCCUCAUGCCAGAGGAAGCUCAUGGCUCAGGGACCCACCGGGCCCUCUGGAAACAGGCUCCUGCCUCCCUCUCAUCCUCCCACCCGGCUCCCCUACAUGGUCCCUCCCUGGCCUGCCCCAGGGGGUGCCGGCAGCUCCCAGGGCUGCGGACUCGUCACAGCCAUUCCUGGUCAUGGCUCUCCUUCCUGGGAUGCAUCACCCACCCUGAACAUUGGGAAAACUCCUACUCCUCCCUUGCCCAUCACCUCCCCCAGGAGGCCCUCCCUGAUGACCUGGGUGCAAGCUGUAGCUCUAGUGCCCUGGGAUGGCUCUGGCUGGCGGCCUCUGGCGUGUGUCAGCCCUCCCCCCGCUGAGGGGCUCCUCAAGGGCGGGCACCAUGUCCUGCUCCUCUCAGCACCCCGGCCCCAAGCAGGAGCUCAGGAACGGGCUGAGUGAGAGCCUCUGCCAUGCUCCUCCCUCUCGAGCUCCUGACCAGGUCCCUUCAGAGUCUCCAUGUGCCUGGCAGUGGGCGUCCUCAGUUCCCUGUCGCCUUAACCUUCCUCACUCUCUCUGUGCGAUG